GGUGCUCGGCGGCCGCCGACGCGGAAGUAGGCGCGGAGCGGCCGCUGCUUCUGGCCGGCUCGCCGCUCCGUCCUCCAGCGCUGUGUCGGCGAUGAGCCUGCCGUGCGCACCCACCUGCAGCCGUUGCAACCGGCAAGGUGCGCGCUGAGCGGGGGCCUCUUCCUCAGCGAACCCAGCAUGAGCGGCGAGCGGCGGGCGGGCGGCGGCGCGCUGCCUGCCCCACACGGCCCCGGCAAGCGGUGUUGGGGUCGACGGAGGGUAGCAGAAAGCCAGGAUAAUUUUCAAGGGUGGAUGACAGAACCAACCGGCGUUCCUGUGGGUGCAGAACAAACACUGGAGAGAGUGAGUGUUGUCACACAGCUGAUGAAGCUUGAAAAGGAAGUGAGUGUUCCUGUUCCUUCUAAUGAGCUUGAUUCAACAAAAGCAGCUGCUUACCAUGAAGAGCAAUCUCCAUCGGAGUUAAGAAAGGACUAUGUAUACAGAAGUACCGAGAGACCUGAGAAGACAGAAAAUAUUAAAUCCCUUGUGACAGAUCACGAUGAAUUUAGAAACUGUGAACUAUAUCUACCUAUGUCUAGUACUUGCUUGGCAGCAGAGUCAUCUGAGGACAGUGAGGAGGAUAUGUACCGUGAUGCAGAAGAAAUACAGAGAGAGAGAGAAUUACUUUGCGGGAUGCGCUCUUCAGAAUAUAAACUAAGUGUUGCACCUGAAAUGGACAUCAUGGAGUAUUGUAGAAGAGAAUGGAGAGGAAAUACACCAGUGGCAAAAAGGAUGAGAAAGGGAUAUGAAGCAGUUGCUCAGAAGUUUGCGUCUAUUAGGAGAGUACGAGGUGAUAACUACUGUGCUUUCAGAGCAACUCUUUUCCAGGCACUAAGCCAAGCUACCCAGUUACCAAGCUGGCUGCAGAGUGAAGAUUUUACUAUGCUUCCUGAAAAUCUGCUGAGCAGGUAUGACUGGAUCAAGCAAUGGCAGCUAAAACAGAAACUGAGCAGAAGGAUGGGAGAAAUAAGUGAUGAAAUUAAAGACUAUUUAAUACUUCUAAGGAAAAAGUGGAAGAAUAUAAGUGAAAUCAAGGGUCCUAUUGAGAAACGAGAAGCUUGUGAUAAAUUGUUUAAAAAUGAAGAGGAAGAAUACAGUCUUUAUGAAGCACUGAAAUUUUUGAUGCUCAACACUGCCAUUGAAUUAUACAAUGAUGAUAAAAAUGGAAAGAGAGUUCCUGUCUUCUCAUGGUUACUGUUUGCACGGGAUACAUCUAGCAACCCUUGUCAGUUAAUGCAUAAUCACUUGAAUCAUAUUGGUCACAGUGGAGGCCUCGAACAAGUGGAAAUGUUUCUCCUUGCUUAUGCUCUGCAGUAUACCAUCCAAGUGUAUCGGCUGUAUAAAUAUAGUACUGAGGAAUUCAUUACACUUUAUCCCAAUGACCCAGAGGAGGACUGGCCUGUGGUGACUCUCAUAACUGAAGAUGAUAGGCAUUAUAAUAUUCCGGUCACAAUGUGCCAGGAGACUAUACUAUAAACACGUGAUAUUUUUGGCAGAUGCUGCUUGCCGAGUUUUCCAGUCCCAUUUUGAAAUGGGAUGACGAUGAAAUCUACAUUAUUAAAUCCACAACAACUUUAAAUCCAUGUUUCUAAUAGGUACUAGCUUAGAGUAAAAAUUUUGUAGGUAUGGCUUUUGUUGUCCAUAGAAGUAGGAAAUUCUGCAAUCCUUUUUUUGAAGGGCUUAUUCUGGAUAGGAAUGCAAACACUAUAGAUUACCUUGAUUUAAAAAGUUAGGUGAGGCUCUAUGGUCAGGCAUAAGCUGACUGCGUGCUCCCUGACUGAGGUAACAAUGAAUUGAAAUUUCUGGAAAAGAAAGCUGAUAGU